CAGCUCGGCAGCCGGGCGGGACCCAGAGCUUCCCGGCUGUCGCUGGCCCUGAGGCGUUUUGCCUUUUCUUACCCAGCGUCUUCCUCAGGGCCCUGGCGAGGCAGGUCAGCGCGCCCCCCGGGGAGGGGCGGAGCUGUAGAUAUGGUGUAAGAUAUUUCUUCAAGACUGGACAGCUGAGGACCUGUUAUUUCUGAUUUGCCUUAAGCAAACUUACAGCCAUAGAGAAACCUCACGGAGUUAUAUAUUUUGCUCUCUGCUUUAUACCUUUCCUGGUACAUAAAUUCAUCUUGCAGUCAUGUAUGGAAGUGCUCGCUCAGUUGGGAAGGUGGAACCGAGCAACCAGAGCCCUGGGCGUUCACCUAGGCUUCCACGUUCCCCUCGCUUGGGCCAUCGUCGAACCAAUAGUACAGGAGGGAGUUCUGGAAGCAGUGUUGGAGGUGGCAGUGGGAAAACCCUUUCAAUGGAGAAUAUCCAGUCCUUAAAUGCUGCCUAUGCCACAUCUGGCCCUAUGUACCUAAGUGACCAUGAAAAUGUGGGUUCAGAAACACCUAAAAGCACUAUGACACUUGGCCGUUCUGGGGGACGUCUGCCUUAUGGUGUUAGGAUGACUGCUAUGGGCAGUAGCCCUAAUAUAGCUAGUGGUGGGGUUGCUAGUGACACCAUAGCAUUUGGAGAGCAUCACCUCCCUCCUGUGAGUAUGGCAUCUACUGUUCCUCACUCACUUCGUCAGGCAAGAGAUAACACAAUCAUGGAUCUGCAGACACAGCUGAAGGAAGUAUUAAGGGAAAAUGAUCUCUUGCGGAAGGAUGUGGAAGUAAAGGAGAGCAAAUUAAGUUCUUCAAUGAAUAGCAUCAAGACCUUCUGGAGCCCAGAGCUGAAGAAAGAGCGAGCCCUCAGAAAAGAUGAAGCUUCCAAAAUCACUGUUUGGAAGGAACAGUAUAGAGUUGUGCAGGAGGAAAACCAGCACAUGCAAAUGACAAUUCAGGCUCUCCAGGAUGAAUUACGGAUUCAAAGGGACCUAAACCAGCUGUUUCAGCAAGACAGUAGCAAUAGGACUGGUGAACCUUGUGUGGCAGAGCUGACGGAGGAGAACUUCCAGAGGCUACAUGCUGAACAUGAAAGACAGGCCAAAGAGCUAUUUCUUCUUCGAAAGACUCUGGAGGAAAUGGAACUGCGUAUUGAGACUCAGAAGCAAACCCUGAAUGCUCGGGAUGAAUCUAUCAAAAAACUUCUGGAGAUGUUGCAGAGCAAAGGACUUUCUGCUAAGGCUACUGAGGAAGACCAUGAGAGAACAAGACGACUGGCAGAGGCAGAGAUGCACGUCCACCACCUAGAAAGCCUUUUGGAGCAGAAGGAAAAAGAGAACAACAUGUUGAGAGAGGAGAUGCAUCGGAGAUUUGAGAAUGCCCCUGAUUCUGCCAAGACAAAAGCUCUGCAAACUGUUAUUGAAAUGAAGGAUUCAAAAAUUUCCUCUAUGGAGCGUGGGCUUCGAGACUUGGAAGAGGAAAUUCAGAUGCUGAAAUCAAAUGGGGCUCUGAGUACUGAAGAACGGGAGGAAGAAAUGAAGCAAAUGGAGGUCUAUCGGAGUCAUUCUAAAUUCAUGAAAAAUAAGGUAGAACAACUGAAGGAGGAACUAAGUUCGAAAGAGGCUCAAGGGGAGGAGCUGAAAAAGAGAGCGGCUGGUCUUCAGGCUGAGGUCUUUGCCAUUGGUCAGGUGAAGCAGGAGCUCUCCAGAAAGGACACAGAACUCUUAGCUCUACAGACAAAGCUAGAAACACUUACGAACCAGUUCUCGGACAGUAAGCAACACAUUGAAGUGCUGAAGGAGUCCUUGACUGCUAAGGAACAAAGGGCUGCCAUCCUGCAGACAGAGGUGGAUGCUCUCCGAUUGCGUUUGGAAGAGAAGGAAACCAUGCUGAAUAAGAAGACAAAACAAAUUCAGGAUAUGGCUGAGGAGAAAGGAACACAAGCUGGAGAGAUACAUGACCUCAAGGACAUGCUGGAUGUGAAGGAGCGGAAGGUUAAUGUUCUUCAGAAGAAGAUUGAAAAUCUUCAAGAGCAACUUAGAGAUAAGGAAAAGCAGAUGAGCAGCUUGAAAGAACGAGUCAAAUCCUUGCAGGCUGAUACCACCAACACUGAUACUGCCUUGACAACUUUGGAGGAGGCCCUGGCAGAGAAAGAGCGGACAAUUGAACGCUUAAAGGAGCAGCGAGACAGAGAUGAGCGAGAGAAACAAGAGGAAAUUGAUAACUACAAAAAAGAUCUUAAAGACUUGAAAGAAAAAGUCAGCCUAUUGCAAGGCGACCUUUCAGAAAAAGAGGCUUCACUCUUGGAUCUGAAAGAGCAUGCUUCUUCCCUGGCUUCCUCAGGACUGAAAAAGGACUCACGCCUAAAGACACUAGAGAUUGCUUUGGAACAGAAGAAGGAGGAAUGUCUGAAAAUGGAAUCACAGUUGAAAAAGGCACAUGAGGCAACAUUGGAAGCCAGAGCUAGUCCAGAGAUGAGUGACCGAAUACAGCGAUUGGAGAGAGAGAUUGCCAGGUACAAAGAUGAAUCUAGCAAGGCCCAGGCAGAAGUUGACCGCCUCUUGGAAAUCUUGAAGGAGGUGGAAAACGAGAAGAAUGACAAAGAUAAAAAGAUCGCUGAGUUGGAAAGGCAAGUGAAAGACCAGAAUAAGAAGGUAGCAAAUCUGAAGCACAAGGAACAGGUGGAAAAGAAGAAGAGCGCACAGAUGCUAGAGGAGGCUCGGCGAAGGGAGGACAGCCUCAGUGACAGCUCCGCACAACUCCAGGACAAUCUCCGUAAGAAGGAUGACAGAAUUGAAGAGCUGGAAGAAGCACUAAGAGAGAGUGUACAGAUAACUGCAGAGCGAGAAAUGGUGCUAGCACAAGAGGAAUCAGCCAGGACCAAUGCUGAAAAACAGGUCUGCGAUUUUAUACAGUUACUGGCAAUGCAGCUGGUUAAACAAAAGGUGGAGGAGUUACUGAUGGCCAUGGAGAAGGUAAAGCAGGAACUUGAGUCCAUGAAAGCAAAACUGUCCUCUACUCAACAGUCUCUGGCAGAAAAGGAAACUCAUUUGACCAAUCUUCGGGCAGAGAGAAGGAAACACUUAGAGGAGGUUCUGGAGAUGAAGCAGGAAGCUCUCCUGGCUGCCAUUAGUGAAAAAGAUGCCAAUAUAGCUCUUUUGGAACUUUCAUCCUCGAAGAAAAAGACCCAAGAGGAAGUGGCAGCACUAAAGAGGGAGAAGGAUCGUCUGGUGCAGCAACUCAAGCAGCAGACACAAAAUCGAAUGAAGCUAAUGGCCGACAACUAUGAGGACGACUACUUCAAAUCCUCUCAUUCCAAUCAAACCAAUCAUAAACCCUCCCCAGACCAGAUCAUCCAACCUCUCUUAGAACUUGACCAAAAUAGAAGCAAAUUAAAAUUGUAUAUUGGACACCUGACAGCCCUCUGCCAUGACCGAGACCCCCUGAUCCUUCAUGGGCUCACUCCACCAGCUUCCUAUAACUUGGACGAUGACCAGGCAACUUGGGAAAAUGAGCUGCAGAAGAUGACCCAGGAACAGCUUCAGAGUGAAUUAGAAAAAGGUGAGCGGGACAAUGCAGAACUGCAGGAGUUUGCCAACGCCAUUCUCCAGCAGAUCGCAGACCACUGCCCCGACAUCCUGGAGCAAGUGGUCAACGCAUUGGAAGAAUCAUCCUGACCCUGCUUCAUGGGGAGUGGCCAGCCAGCAGCCCAGUGCAGUGAACCCAGGAGCCAAGAAGAGCGAACUAUGAGGACAGGCACCCAGAUACUUCUUGGCGCCCUGCAAACACUACGAACUCCAUCCUACCCUGGUUAGUUCUUCAAGUGCGAUUCCAGCUCCACUUCUACAUCUGUCAUCUUACUCUGCUGGCCUCAAUUGGAUGUUGUCUCUACACUUAUUUUUUUAUGUCCAAGGUGGGUAAGUGGCCAAGUCUCCAUGAAGAACCGCGAUCUGGUCAUCAAUAGUGGAGAACUCUGGAAGCUGGUGGCUCUGCCCUCACAGAGGGUCAUGGAGUAGGGAGCCUCUUACUUCUGUCCUUGACAUGGGAACUAAACCUGGAAUCUACUUGGAGUUCAGCAUACUGAGAGAAUGCUUCCCCAUGGACAAGAGAGCUGAGUGUCCUAAAAUCACAACAGGUGCUUUCUCCUAAAAGGAUUUUUUAAAAAUCUCAAAAAGAUAUUAUUAGAAAAAGAGAGAGGGUUAAAGAGGGACAAACAGAAAACUGACUCUUCUUACACUGUCUCUUUUGUUUACUUUCAUCUGCAGUGUUUUAUGCGGGGGAGCCACAAGCAGGCCUCCUCGUGGCUCAGUGUACACGAACACCCGGCCCUGUCUCGCAUAUGCGUGCUCUUGUCCUCGACCAGUUAAUGACAGGGUGGUGCAAGCAGUUCUCCCCCUAGUCCUCUUGUGUAAAACCUUUGGCCUUUUGCUUAGUCAGAUCAUAUAUCUCUAAUGGAAAGAGAAGAGGGGUUUGACGUGAGGCGCUAUCAUCACCAGCUCUGCUUCUGGAGAUGGCCAUUGUCAGGGUCAGGCUGUUUCUCCUGAACAUGUCCCUCAUCAGGCCCCUGAGCCCCAGAAGAAUGCUUCUGCCUUCCCCACCAUGCUCCAAGCCCAGUGGUCACUGAACUCUCUGACCCACCUUCCACCCUUGUAGCUUAACUCUUGAUUUGCACUCCUAGAACCUUAGCUUCAUGCAUUGCCUGAAACCUCCUCUGACACAAAUGAAUGUUCUCAUCCCACACACAUUCCUUCCUCCAUUCUUUCAUUCAAAGAAUAUUUAUGAAAUGCCUACUGUUAGGCAGUCAUCCUUGUGGGAAAAAUGGAGGAGAGGCAUAAAGGAUUCUAUGAGACAUACCUGCUUGAGUCAAAGCAGCAAAAGGCAUACUCUUCCUCUCCCCCAUCUUAAUAGAAGGUAUCUUUUCCAGAAAAUCUUUCCUAAAUCAGCAUUUCUCACUUCUCACUAUAAUAGAAUUGAUGGAUUUGGGGGCUGGGGCUGAGUCACUUACUUGCCAUUUGGUGAUUCAGGACUUCUGCUUGUUGUUGUUACCCUGAAAGAGCAUACUGUUCGGGGGCCUGUGAGAGUAGGUGGUGUUUUCUCAAUACAUCUCCGUGCACCUCGUGGAGCUUGGCCAGCUCCAUGUCACAAAUGAGAAAAUUGAACCCAAAGUUGCAAAUCCACCUGAAGAUAUUGGCAUUUUGAAAAGCAUUUUCCCCAUGCAUAGACAAUGACAGUCAUAAACAAAAUCAGGCACCAAGAAUAGACCACUUAACCAAAAUCUAGGCCCUUGACCACCUCUGUGACCAGACACCCACCAGACACUCACAUCUUCUGAUAAGAGUUGCUGGGCUAAAUGGCUUUGUCCUGCAUUUUCCCCUUUGCCCUUUCCCAAUUACUCACCCAAAGAAUCUGAUGCUGCCUGUAAAGUCAUCACGGCCAUCAGUGCAGUAUCUUCCCCACCAGCAAGCCUUGACUGUCUCAUUAACUUAUAUGGUCGAGUCUCCAGCUGCCCUGACUCCUGCUGUAAAACAGUCCCCCCUGUGAGAUGCUGUAGAGUGUUCCUUAUCAAAGGUUUAAAUGGACUCUGCUCAUAAACUUCUUACUGAGAUGCUUCCUGAUAGCCAGGCUGGCCGGAGCGGGGGCACAGGGGUUAGAUAUAAAGUGGUGGUCAUUUGUGGUCAAUUACCUCAGUUUCAUUUAUUUAUUGCACUGCCCAUAAAUCAUGUAGAUAGCCCCUAGUAUUUUAGGGGGGAGUAUUAGAAUCUCACUUUAAAUGCCAUAAGGAAAGAACUGAGGUAAGAUGACAGCCUUCACAGGACUACAGCAGAACAGAAAGCAGAAGAGGCCAUGCCCAGGGAAGCGGCCUGGCCUGGCACUGGCUGGCUGUGGCCUAGCUGAUCUGGCAAGGGAAGGCAUCAGUCAGGUCUCUCUCUGGGUCUCACUGAUUUGGCCUUUACCACCAAAUGCAGUACCUGCCACUCUUGCCCACACGUUUCAUGACUCUCACUGCACCGUCGUCCUUCCUCUUUUCAUUUCACCCCUUCCUGUUGCUCCCCCUCUAAAACCUUAUGGAAGUCCUCUAGACAAGUGCUUCUGAGAAGAAAAAUUUCUGGGGCAGACAGCAUCUGUCUGGUCUCUAUGAACCAAAGCAGGGAGUCUCAUUCAUUCUUCCUAGUAUCUCAAAUGGUUCUGAGGACUUUUUGGUCCUAGAUGAAUUAGGCUCUGGCUAAAGUUCAAUGGUGAACAUGACGUGCAUUUACAUUAUAGGUGCAAAGUCUAUAUAGUUUCUAUCUAGUGUUUAGAGUAUCUUACUGAGUUUAAAUCAUUCAUCGAGCCAGCAUUCACUAAAUGCACAAUUCCCAUCACACAAGGACUAUCAUUUUGUGACCUUUUUAUGAUAUUCAAGGUUUCACACGGUCACUCAGCUACUACCAAAUAUUAGUAUGUAGCCUUGAAAACUCACUGAAGGUUGCCUAUAAUGUUCACCAAACUCAUCCAUUCCAUUGGCAAGCCUAGUUGCCCCUUAACACCUAAAUAUUUGUACCCCAAAAUGAAGAUCAUCAUAAAGGGGACAAGAAGAAGAGUGGGUGGAAUCCAACCUGGAGUGCAUGACUAAAGAAAGAAAAUGUGACUUUUCAUCUUUUCAUAUCCCUCUAUCCCAGGUACUCAUUGAGUCCUUGAUGAAGUAUUGAAUUGAGAUUUUACAAGGACUUCGGAUACCAUUUGAAAUAGAAAAGACUUUAAGUGGGCUUUAACAUAUUAAGAAAUAUGCAUGGGAAUCCUGAAAUCCAUCUCCAUUCUAACCUUUGACCUUGUAUGUUACAAUCUAAAGAAGAUCUAAGUUCCUUUCUCUCUUUCUUACCCUUGGGCUUUAAAAAUACUAAUAAGGCAUACUGGACCCAAGGCCAUCUUCAGUGUCACUAGUGGCAGUGUGGCCUGGCACUUUUGUGAAUGAAAGUCUGUUUGGUUUUCCAUGAGGAGCUCAUUGACUCACUCACUCCUCAGAGUGAGAGAAAAGGAAGAGGAAGCCAUCACAGAGUUUUAGUCUACUGCUAGAGAGUCCUGCUGAUACCAGAGCCCUCCUGCCCUUCUGUUUGACCCCAUUAAGCAUAGGCCCGCUGGCUACCCUCAGGGUCUUUGAGGAAAGAACAAGUGGAGGAGUAUGUCACCACAUAGAAUGUGACCCUCACAUGACACCUGCUAAGUUUCCAUGGGCCUGUAUCAGCAAUAUCCGUAACUCUCAUGUCUGCCUCCCCAGCCUCAUCUCCCCACCUGCAAACGUUCAGAACUGUGGAAAAGGAGAUGAGAAGGGAGUAGAUGCAGGCAGCACGCUGCCCUUUGCAAUGCCUGCAAGGCCACACAUCCACCCAUCACUGCCAGUCCCUGGGCUCUCAGGAGAGUGACUUCAACCAUUUAAAGAAAUGUUUUAAAGGAAUCUGCAAUUUCCUCCAUGUGAACUAAGGGAAUACUUGGGCAAGAAAAAAACAUACAAGGAAAUCCUUCUGAACAAAAUGGCUGUCUUUACUCUUUUUAAGCAAAAACUGUUUCCAAACUUUUUAGUGUCAAAACUGUAACCAAGUGUCUCCUGAUUUCCCCCAAUGUGUUUAGUGAGUACUGUGACCCCAAUGUAGGUAUUGCUCCUCUGACUCUGGGAGGAGAGAUGGUUUUAGGACUGGUUUUGUGGGGAGCAGGUUUUUGUCCCAUCCCACCUCCUCCUUUGUUUCUCUGCUUGUCAAUAUUGUCUGUGUGGUUCAGAGAAUUUGGGCAGUUACAUUGUGUCCAUUGUUGAGAUUAUUAAGAUAUUAAAAAGUAGUUGUAGAACUGAAAAAUUAAAGAGCUGUGUUUUAAAAAAUGCAAAUCAAUAUCAUGUAAAAGGAAUUCAAGCUACGGGGCAGCCAAACCCCGCCCUUCCUCCUAAGCUGCCGCAGGUGGCAGCUGGGCCGGCCGCGUGGGAAGUUCGAGGACCACGCUCCAGGCAGGUGACUGCGUGGCUGAACGACAACUGCUGAGGGAAAGGAAUGGGAAUCUGGGUCUCAGAGCUCCAGUCGUGCCAGCGCUUUCCUACACAUCCUCAGGUCCUCUGGGUAGUUUGUGACCCCAUAACCACCCUCACCCCCACCUCGGUCCCAGCUCAGUGUGCCUAACACUAUGUGGCAGCCUGGGCUUGACCCUGAAGCCCCACACCUGGAGCAGCCCUGUACAGGCCACAGAACCUCUCUCCUGCCCACUUGGUGCUAUAUCAUCCAGUGACCAUCCAAUAUGGACCAAGCACUGGCCAGCCCAGAGCCUGUAGUCCGGUGAAUGCGUUACACUCAGAUCUCAGUUCCUUCUGGCUUCAGUCCUAGAUUCUUUCCCUUUAAGAUUUUUAGUCCCAGAUCUCCUGGGCCCAGGCCACCUCUUGUGGCCCUCCCCCGCCCCCUCUGAGAUGCCAUUGUCAGGGAAGGAAGUGAAGCCUGCUGAAGCCAGGGAAUCCAGCCCUGGGCCAGAGCAAGCCCUCUGAGCCCAGCCGUUUCACACCACACCAGUAUUGCAUCACCCUCUAAGGCAGCCAGGCCCACCCGCGGGCAGCACACCGCCCCUCUGGCCUGAUGGCUGCACAGGACCAGCCCCGAACCUGCCCACACAGCAGGGUGUCCAGGAUGGGGACUGGGGUCUCCCUGGGACAUGCACCCUCUGCUCCAGAAGAAAAGUGCUGCACUUUAGUGAGGAGCUGGGGGGGGGGGUGGGGAAGGGGGGUGCUGGGCACUGUUUCCUUGUAGCUUGAGUUCCUUUUGGUGACAGUAGCAGCCGCAAUGGUGGUGUCUGUGAUGCAAAUGCACCUGCUGCCUUCAAGUGUGUGUGUGUGUGUGUGUGUGUGUGUGUGUGUGUGUGUGUGUGUGUGUGGUGGCCAGUCGCAUUACUGACAGGAUAACGACACUACAGAGAAAUUGUGUUAUAGUCAACUUUGCCUUGAUAAUUAUUGUAAACACUUUGGUUUUUUUCUUUUAUAUUCACAAACUAAAUCCAUCGGGAACUUAUAAAAUUAUUUAAAAAUUA